GUGUGCCACCACCAUCACACAGAUAGACCAUUGUUCGCUCCCUCAGUGACUCGCUUGCUGUAUAGGAGCUUUCUCGGACGAAGAUACAUGGACUAGUCCAUCUCUGGGCUAUCGUAGUCUCCGAGAAAGCGUGAUCACCGUCCUUCGCCCACCGGUCCACUUUAUCCUCGAGAUGGUCCGAGCAUGCAUAUAGGCAACUAGGCUGUAGCCCUGUCCCCUGGGCUGCUUCCAUGGUACCUUCGCUGUCUUCUCUCCUCUCCUCAUGGCAGCUAAGCACUCGCGAUGGUCACCGGCGUAGCAAUGAGGACAUGGAUCCGGUGCCAUUGAAACAACGGACAUGGACGACGUGGGUAUGUGGUCCCCCAUCUUUGCAUCUAUCUUCUCAUUGCUCCGAUAUGAGAACUAUGUGGCCUACUGGAUCUCUGAUUCAAUCAAUCCCACGAUUUGGGAAAUCGCGAGCUCGAUGGUUGCAAUCGGACUAUCUUGGCAACAAGCGCUUCUUGCCAUCUCAGUCGGGCAUAUUCUUAUCGCGGUCGUAAUAUCGCUGAAUGGCACGAUGGGCGCGCAGCUACAUAUUCCAUUUCCGGUCAUAGCGCGCGCUUCCUUUGGUUUUUGGUUCAGCGUGUUUUGUGUGACAUGCAGGAUGAGCAUUGCCAUGUUCUGGUUCGGAAUCGUUAGCUUCAACGGAUCCGAAUGCACGUUCCAGAUGGUCAAAGCGCUCUGGCCAUCGUUCGCGGACGUUCCAAACCAGCUUCCCGCUUCGGCGGGAAUUACAAGCGUCGGGAUGAUAAGCUACGUGCUCUUCUGGGCCAUCCAGUUCCCGUUUCUGCUCGUUUCGCCCCGCGACAUCCGCUAUUUCUUCGUCGUGAAGGCCGUGCUCGCGCCGGCCACGUGUCUGGGCAUGCUCAUUUGGGCGAUCAUGCGCGUGUCCCCCGCCACGAGCCUCGGGCCCGGGUCGGAGCUGCACGAGAACCACGCGCCGUUCUCGGUGUGGCUGAGUGCUAUGACCAGUGCGACGGGGGCCUGGUCGACGCUCGCGAUCAAUAUCCCGGAUUUCACGCGAUACGCGGUGGAUGAGAGAGCUCAGUUUAUCCAGAUUCUGGUCAUUCCUAUGUUUAUGACCCUCGUUGGAUUCUGCGGGAUCGUUGUCGCAUCGACGACGGAUGUUCUGUAUGGCACAAUCAUCUGGGAUCCGUUACGCGUGAUUGACCGCUGGGACUCUCGUCCUGCGAAAUUUUUUGCUGCGUUCAGUUUCACUAUGGCUGUGCUCGGAACGAACAUCUCUGCAAACUCCCUGAGCGCGGCCAACGAUCUCACCGUGCUAUUUCCGAGAUACGUCAACAUCCGUCGCGGCCAGGUGAUCUGUGCGAUUGUGGGCUGUUGGGUCAUUUGUCCGUGGAAGAUCCUUGCCAGUGCGCCGGGAUUUCUCAACUUCAUUUCUGCAUACGCGGUCUUUUUGGCUCCCCUUGCCUCGAUAUUAGUUGUGGAUGUGGGUGCCUUUACGACCAAGAUAUCUUUUGACCAUUGGAUCGCAGUACUGGAUCGUCCGUAAACGGCGGGUCGACCUGAUUGAAAUAUAUCUGCCCGAAGGUCGCUAUCGAUAUUGGCAUGGGAUUAAUUGGCGUGCGGCGCUCGCCUUUGUUGUUGGUCUUGGCCCCAACAUUCCUGGACUAGUCGCCACGCUCGAUCCGACCAUCAUUGUGGGGCGGCCCCUGCUCAAGGUGUACGAUGUAGCGUGGUUGUAUGGGACGAUUUCGACCGCGUUUGCAUAUUGGCUUUUCUGGGUUUGGUUUCCGGCCAAUGAAACCUUACUCGAUGGUGAUAAUUGUGGUGGGGCAACCGCUUGAGCUCGAGUUUCUUUGGCGUACGUCCAGGGACAGAUUUCCGAUAAACUUGUGAGAAGCGUUAUAGUUAGAAUAGACUCGUACAGCAGUGUCGAUUAUGUAGAAAGGGACUCGGGUUGUUUGAUGAUCGAAUUGUAAACGACCGA